GCCUAUAAGUACUCACGUCCAUGCCGAUGCAAUCCCCAGGGAAGUCGCAAAGAAACUAGAAGUGACCAACCGUAGCUAGUAGCAGUGACAAGUGCCGCCUCGCCGUGCCCGCAGCCAAAACCCGUGCCACAUCUCGGUUCGAGAGCAAAUCACAGACAGAAAUGGGUUCCCUCGGUGCAGUGGAGAAGCCGCACGCCGUGUGCCUGCCGUACCCGGCGCAGGGGCACAUCACCCCGAUGCUCAACGUGGCGAAGCUGCUCCACGCCCGGGGCUUCGACGUCACCUUCGUCAACACCGAGUACAACCACGCCCGCCUCGUCCGAACCCGCGGCGCGGCGGCCGUGGCCGGCAUCCCGGGCUUCCGCUUCGCCACCAUCCCCGACGGCCUGCCCCCUUCGGAGGACGACGACGUCACGCAGGACAUCCCCUCGCUGUGCCGCUCCACCACGGAGACCUGCCUCGGCCCCUUCCGCCGCCUCCUCGCCGACCUCAACGACCCAGCCACGGGCCACCCGCCCGUCACCUGCGUCGUCUCCGAUGUCGUCAUGGGCUUCUCCAUCGACGCCGCCAAGGAGCUCGGCCUCCCCUACGUCCAGCUCUGGACCGCCAGCGCCAUCAGCUUCCUCGGCUACCGCCACUACAGCCUACUCAUGAGCCGUGGCCUUGCCCCACUCAAAGAUGUCGAUCAGCUGACGAAUGGAUACCUUGACACGCCCGUGGAGGACGUGCCGGGGCUGCGGAACAUGAGGUUCCGGGACUUCCCCAGCUUCAUACGCACGACGGACCCGGAGGAAUUCAUGGUGCGCUACGUCCUCCGAGAGACUGGGCGCUGUGCGGGCGCGUCGGCCGUGAUCCUGAACAGCUUCGACGAGCUCGAGGGCGACGCCGUGGCGGCCAUGGAGGCGCUCGGUCUGGCGCCUAAGGUGUACACGCUCGGCCCGCUCCCGCUGCUGGCGCGCGAGGACCCGCCGACACCGCGCUCGUCCAUCAGGCUUAGCUUGUGGAAGGAGCAGGAGGAGUGCCUGCAGUGGCUCGACGGCAGGGAGCCUGGCUCCGUGGUGUACGUCAACUUCGGCAGCAUCACCGUGAUGACCAACGAGCAGCUGGUGGAGUUCGCGUGGGGUCUGGCCAACAGCGGCAGGCAGUUCCUGUGGAUCAUCCGGCGCGACCUCGUCAAGGGCGACACCGCCGUGCUGCCCCCGGAGUUCCUGGCCGAGACGGCGCGGCGCGGGCUCAUGGCGAACUGGUGCCCGCAGCAGGAGGUGCUGAACCACCCGAGCGUGGGCGCGUUCCUGACCCACAGCGGGUGGAAUUCGACGCUAGAGACCAUGUGCGGCGGCGUGCCCGUCAUCAGCUGGCCGUUCUUCGCGGACCAGCAGACCAACUGCCGGUACCAGUGCAACGAGUGGGGCGUCGGGAUGGAGAUCGACAGCAACGUCCGGCGCUCCGCCGUGGCGAGCCUCAUCACGGAGCUCAUGGAGGGGGAGCAGGGGGAGGAGAUGAGGAGGAAAGCUCUGGAGUGGAGAGACAAGGCGGUCGAGUCGGCCAAGCCCGGGGGCCCAUCGCACCGCAAUUUCGACGAGCUGGUCCGCAACGUGCUCCUGCCCAAGAACUAGGCAACUAGCCAACAAGCUAGCAGGAAACUGGCUCUUUCCACUGUGAUUCUAUCAGCGUCUUGUAAUUUUGCUCAUGAGUUUUCGUGGGGUGAUGGAUAAGUCAGUGCGUAGUUGUGUAAACCACUUAUGCACGAGCGUUCCAUUUGCAGGAAUAAAAAAAUGGCUAUAUGGACUA